GUUGAAGGCCAAUCAGUACGCAGUGCCGCCGCAUUGUGUCGCCAAGAAGAACGAACCUUCAUGAACGAAGUCAACAAGUUCAUCGUCGAGUCGCGCGAGUCAUGCGUCAAGCAAGCGAUCGUGUCGUCCGUGAUGGGAGCCAGCAUGGGCGUCGGCUUGGGCGUGUUUCUAGGAACGUUCGAAGGAGCGCACGGCGAGCUUGUCGGCAACACGAUGCGCGAGCAGCUGUACCAUGGCUUCCGCAAAUCGUUCGUUGCUGGCUACGACCGAAGCAUCUACUUCUCCAAGCAAUUCAUGGUGGUCGGAGCGAUCUACUCGGGGAUUGAAUGCACGAUCGAGCGGGAACGGGCAGUGCAUGACGUGUACAACACCGUGUUGGCCGGGGGAACGUCUGGUGCGAUCCUCAGUGGCUGGGCAGCCAAGCAACUUCCUGCGAAACAAUUCUUGACGCACACAGCCAAGGGGGCCGCCACAUUUGCUGCGUUUGCAGCCGUGAUGGAAUUCUGUUUAGACCGAUUUCGAGAUCAAUAAGACGAAAGAAUAUCUGUGUGUCGU